ACCCCUGAAUCUCUCUCUCUCUCUCUCUCUCUCUCUCUCUCUACCCCUGAAUCCUGUUCUUGCUUUAAAAUGUGGCUUAAAUGGCCAUGGAAUGAAGGUAGUAUCUCUCUCUCUCUCUCUCUCUCUCUCUCUCUCUCAACCCCCUGAAUCCUCUUUUUGCAUUAAAAUGUGCUUAAAAGGCCAACGAAUCAAGGUAAUCUCUCUCUCUCUCUCUCUCUUUCUCCCUCUCUCUCUCUCUCUCUCAACCCCCUGAAUCCUCUUUUUGCAUUAAAAUGUGCUUUUAUGGCCAACGAAUCAAGGUAAUCUCUCUCUCUCUCUCUCUCUCUCUCUCUCUCUCUCAACCCCUUGAAUCCUCUUCUUGCAUUAAAAUGUUCUUAAGUGGCCAUGGCCACAAGGUAAUCUCUCUCUCUCUCUCUCUCUCUCUCUCUCUCUCUCUCUAAACCCCCUGAAUUCUCUUCUUGCAUUAAAAUGUGCUUAAAUGACUAUGACCACAAAGGUAUACUCUCUCUCUAAGCCCCCUGAAUCCUUUUGUUGCAUUAAAAUGUGCUUAAAUGGCCAUGGCCACAGGGUAAUCUCUCUCUUUCUCUCUAAACCCUCUGAAUACUUUUCUUGCCUUAAAAUUAACAAGGUAUUCUCUCUCUCUCUCUCUCUCUCUCUCUCUCUCUCUCUCUCAAACCCAUUAAAUACUCUUCUUGCAUUAAAACAAGCUAAAUUGCCAUCGCCGAAAGGUAAUCUCUCUCUCUCUCUCUCUCUCUCUCUCUCUCUCUCUCUCUCCAUCGCCGAAAGGAAUGGACAUAUCAAGCUGUUCGGGAGGGAUAACACACAAGCUCUGCUUCAGUCAGAUGCUGCAGUCCCCAGCAAGUUCUUGCAGUUUAUGGACAAUCAAGGCAUUCUUUUGAAUGUUACUACUGAAAAUCACAUUGAGGUUUGGGACAUUGAUGCAAAACGGUUAUGUUAUGUGCACAUCUUCAAUGAAGAAAUCACCUCAUUCACUGUACUGCAACAAAGUUCUUAUAUAUAUGUUGGCGAUCACCUUGGAAAUAUAUCUGUGUUGAUGCUUGAUUACAAACAACAGCAUUUAGUGGAGAUGCAAUAUCGAAUUCCUUUCUCUGAAUCAUAUGGCACUACAGCUGAAGUAGGAAAUGAAACUGCAGUCAUCUACAUAAUGCCACAACCUAUGGUAGAGAGCAGGAGGGUUCUCAUUAUUUUCAGAGAUGGACUUAUAAGCUUAUGGGAUAUUCAAGAAAGUAAAGCAGUGUUCGUUUCUGGUAGAAGUGCGCCACAUUCAUCUCACCAUGAGCCUAAACAUGUUGUAUCUGCAUGCUGGGCUUGUACACAAGGAAGUAAAGUUGUUGUCGGUUACAGUAACGGUGAUUUAUUUCUUUGGGCUAUUCUAUUCAAUUCAAAUCAGAAAUAUGCCCCUGCAAAAAACAAACAUGAGAUAAAUGCUGUUCCAAAUAUUCCUCUUCUCAAGCUUAAUCUCGGGUUCAAAAUGGACAAGAUUCCCAUAGUUUCUUUAAGAUGGGUUGCUGGUGAUGGGAAGACAAGCCGAAUAUAUAUAAAUGGGUUUUUUGAUGAUGACACUUAUUUAUUUCAGGUAUUAAUUCUGAACGAAACAACAGAAUCACGAACAAUUAAGUUGGUGUUACCUUUGACUGAAGCUUGCUUGUCAAUGGAGCUUAUCUCGUGCUUUAAUGACCAGAAUAAACACCAGCCAAAUGCUCUUGUUCUGUUGUUAAAAUCUGGUUGCCUGUGUCUGGUUGAUGAUUCCCAAAUUGAACGCUAUCUAAUACAAUGCCAAUCUAAGUCACCUCCAACGCUCCCAAGCCAGAUAUUGGUCAAACUACCUUUUGGUGAUUCACCCAUCACUGUUGCAAAGCUCUAUACAAGCAACACUGCACCUUUAAGUUUUAUGGAUGAGGAUAACAUUUUAUUGACCAAUAAGUAUGCUUACUUACUUUCAACCAAUCCAAAGGAAAAGGACAAAAAUUGUUUAAGCUCUGCACGUUUCAGCGAACUUUCCAAGAUGAGAGGCCUGUAUAUCACUGGGCACACUGAUGGAGACAUAAACUUAUGGGAUGCAUCAUGCCCCCUUUUACAACUAGUUAUAUCAAUAAAACCACAGAAUGAGGAUAACAAUUCUUCGUCAAGUGGAGCUCCUAUAACAUCAUUGCAUUUUGAUACUUCUUUGCAAGUUCUUGUUUCUGGAGAUCAAAAUGGACUGGUUCAAAUCAUCACCUUUAAAAAGGAGCAGCUGGCAUCACAAAACAUCUUUUCAUUUCUGCAAGCAAAACCAGGCGACAACUACACUGUUCAUAGUGUCAAACUAAAGGGAGCUAUACUAUCCACCUCAGUAAAUACGGACAUCAAGCAUCUUGCUGUUGGAACCGAUAAAGGACUUGUAUCUGUUAUCAACAUGGAGGAUGCUUCUAUUAUAUAUCAGAAACAAAUGCAGAGUCAGCUAUACAGCGGUGUCACCUCUUUGCGGUUUGAGAAGUAUUGUCAAGAUGGCUCUGAGAAGAAUGUAUUGUUGGUUGGGAUGGAAGAUUCAGUGGUCUGGGCUUUCGAAGAAGAUAAAGGGGAUGCGAUGAGCACUAACUCUAUUCGAACGAAGGAGCCUUCUAGAGCUCUGUUAAUGGAGAUACUAGAUGCACCCACGGAGACCGGAUGGGUAUCUAAUUCCCUGGAUAUAUCCAAGGAAAAUUCUUUCAAGGAGACAGCAUCAAAUCACUCUAUUUUGUUGCUUUGUUCUGAAAAUGCUGUGCGACUAUACUCCUCAAGCCAUGCAAUUCAGGGUAUCAAGAAACUCAUUCAUAAGAAACAACUAAGCGGCAGUUGUUAUUAUGCAUCUGUUCUCUAUGGCCCUUCUUCCAGUAUUGGACUAAUCCUUGUCUUCGCCAGUGGCAAGAUAGAGAUAAGAUCACUUCCAGAUUUAACCCUCUUAAAGGAGGCUUCACUCAGAGGAUUUACAUUUCUGAGACAAAAAUCGAAGUUGCACAGAGCCGCUAUAUUAUCUUCUUCAUCUGAUGGAGAACUUGUCAUGGUCAAUGGAGAUCAAGAGAUUCUCUUUUUCUCAACUCUUUGUCGCAAAGACAUCUACAGGAAUUUAGAGUUAAUUAACCUGGUAUUCAGAAGAGAUAUUGCAUUGGAAGAAGAAUCUUCCUAUAUGAUGAAUACUCCUAAAGAAAAGAAAAAGGGAAUAUUUGCCACAGUAGUGAAAGAUCUAAAAGGAAACAAGUCAAAACAAAACCAAGAAAUCGAUGUUGAAGAUUUUAGUCCAAGUACUUCCGAAGAAUUAUCUGCCAUAUUUUCAAAAGCUAAUUUUCCUCCAGAUUCUGGGAGAAGGAACAGUUCUACAAAAGAUGGUGAAGAUGUCGAGCUGUCUAUAGAUGAUAUCAACAUUGAAGAUGGGCAACCAAAACAUAAAGGGCCGAACUUUGCAGUUCUAAGCAAACAGAAGUUCGGCAAGGGAUUACAGGCCCUGAAAGGUAAAUUGAAACCCAAGACAGAGGAGAAGGCACAUUUAGGAAAAGAGAAGCCUGAAGAUGCAAUACCUAUAAGUGCAGUGGAUCAAAUCAAGAUGAAAUAUGGAUACUCGGCAAACAAUGAGUCCAGCAUUCCAGAAAUGGCCAAGAACAAGCUGAAGGAGAAUGUCAGAAAGUUGGAGGCCAUUGGCAUGCGGACCUCGCAGAUGGAGAAUAACGCCCAAUCCUUCUCAUCGAUGGCAAAAGAACUUCUAAGCAUUGUAAAGAAUGAAAAGAGUUCAUGAAGACUCUCUCUCUCUCUCUCUCUCUCUCUCUCUCUCUCACGCACGCGCACCCCUUCGGUAUUUCCUCCCUCCUCUAUUUGUAUAUAUAUUUUAUUUAUAUGUUUUAUUUAUCUGUAGUAUAACUUCUAUAAGUUGUUGGUCUUGUUUUCCUUCGGCGUGCAAGUCCAUCUGCUUUAUCUUUUACAGGGCGGAUGUCAUUUUCCUUCGUGGAAGUGGUUGUUGUUGUUGUUGUUGUUUUAAUCUUUCUUUUCAUAUUCUAGCCA